AUGAUACCACCGACCCAGACUCUCCACCUCGACGUCGAGGCCAUCUCGGGCAUCUGCGGUUCCAUCUCCAUUGCCUGCUGGGUCGUUGUCUUUUCUCCGCAAAUCAUCCAAAACUUCCAACGCCGAAGCGCCGAUGCUCUCUCGAUCCAGUUCAUCAUCGUCUGGCUGCUGGGCGAUGUCUUCAACAUCCUUGGAGCCGUCUUGCAAGGUGUUCUGCCAACUAUGAUCAUCCUCGCUAUAUACUACACGAUCGCCGACAUUGUCCUGCUAUGCCAAUGCUUUUAUUACCGCGGAUUCACAUGGCGCGACCCUCCACCCACGGCUCCGAAACCGGCGGCCCCGGCCCGCGGCGAACCCAACGAACGCUCCGGUCUUCUGGCUCAUAAUAACCUUCGUGAUCGCCGUGGCUCAGAUUGGUCUGGCCUUUCCCCUGCCGUCUCCCAUAUUCCGGAGACUCCCGCCCCGCCCGCGGCGCCUACUGCUCUGCAGACGAUUCUUUGGAACUCCAUUGUCGUACUGAUGGUCUGUGCCGCCGGCGUUCUUGGGUGGUUCCUCGGCCACAAGCCCUCACAAGACAACGAAGAUGCGCCAAGGGGGGGCGAGGACCUCAAGUUCAAUGUCCUGGGCCAGUUCUUUGGCUACCUCUGCACCGUCUCAUACAUUGCCUCCCGCCUGCCUCAGCUGAUUCUGAACUGGCGUCGCAAGACGACCGAAGGGCUUAGCAUGCUCUUCUUCCUCUUCGCCUGCCUCGGCAAUAUUACCUACGUCCUCUCGAUUUUCGCCUACGAGCCCAAGUGUGCCGACAAGAUCUGUGCGCCUGGCGAAGCGAGCCAUAUUUACGGACGAUAUAUCCUCGUUAAUCUCAGCUGGCUCGCCGGCAGCCUUGUCACGCUAUUCCUCGACUUUGGAGUUUUUGCCCAGUACUUCAUCUACAGCAAGCAAGACGAACCCGGAAUUGUAUACGGCGAUGAGGAUGACGAGUAUGUCGACGACGCAGAGAGCAUCGAUGAGGACACCUGGGACCAUCGGCCGUUGCUCCAGAGGGGUGACUCUAUGUAUCCCUGA